AGCAUAGCCGGCUUUUUUUUUUAUCAGCCGCUGUGUUCAGUGAUCCCACAGCCUAACUAGCCCCCUAAAACACUACGAAAGAAGAAAGAAGCCUUUGUGUUCCAGAGGCCUUGGCUACGCCCACUCAGGACACGUCAGAUUUACGUCCUGUAUGUACCCCUGCAGGCCCUGGGCUUGGCUAACUGGCUUGCGGUGUUUGUGUUGUGCCAGUCAUCAGCUGAUCCGCGAACAUGGCGACGCUACACCUCGGACAGCGGCUCAUGUCUCGUAAAUUAGAGCGCCUCACCCUGGAGGACGUGGACCUGAGUGACACAGUGGACUCCGUGAGGCAGAAGGUAGCCGCCCAGACCAACACCUCGCCGGAGAAAAUAGAGCUGGUGCACUGUGGGGUUGUUCUAAAGGGCUCGGAUUCCCUGAGCGAUGCAGGGAUCACCUCGGGCGCCAUGAUCCACUGCCUUCCAAAGCCUGAGGAGUUCAUCCCGACAGCUGUCCCGCUCAGUCUGCCGGAAGUUCAAACUCUACUUGUGUCUCUGAGGAAUGUCACAUCACGCCCAAAUUUCCGAGAUUUUGUCCAGAAGCUGCGCAGGCCAGACAUGGUGGAAAAAAUUCUAAACCAGUGCCCGAUUGUAAGGCACGACCCGGCAGCCCUGGCCAUGCUGCAAGACCCUGAGCUGUUCCUGGGCCUCACCAACCCGGACAACCUCACCAGGCUGGUAGAGUCCUGGCCAGGAGUAGGUCGCGUGGCGCAGUAUAUCACCUCCCUGUCCCCCAGCGAGGCAGCCUCCCCCCGCCGCUCCCACCAUGUGUCCUACUCCAUGGACGCACUCUCUGACGACGACCAGAUGGAGGCAGACCAGUCCGAAGACUCGACAGGGGGAGGUGGCAGUCGGGCGAGUGGCUCUGUGCCGUUCCAGCCCAUCACACCCGCCCAGUUGGCAGCAGCUCUCGCCAGUGCCACAGUGUUGAUGCCCCCAGGAGGUGUAGGUGGCAGCAGCAGCAGCGGGGGCAGCAACAAUGGUGUGGUGUCCGGGCAGCCGACCAGUGCCCCGCGCAGCAUCCCCACCACCCCCUCCAUGGCCACCACCACUCCCUUCAACACUCCGGCCUUCUCCGUCGGCGCCCCCACCGCUCCUGGACCCAUCACCCAUGAGAUGUUCAGCAACGCGCUCCAGAACGCCUUGGCUGCCUCGGCUAGCAGGGCGUCCGGACCCCCUUCCUCGUCCUCUUCGUCAGGUCCUCCCUCCACAGUCCAGAUCCCCAACAUGGAGGAAUCCCUACAGCUCAUGAGGGAGAUGGGGAUCCCUAACGACGACCUCAGCAGACAGGCGCUACAGGCCACCAACGGGGAUGUACAGGCGGCUGUCAACCUUAUAUUUGCCCAAUGGAUGGCCGAUGACUAGAGCCUGUUGAUGGAUGUCUAGGCAAAUGGAACACAACAUGGCCAGGAAAGAAGGAAUGCAGAGGAUCAUACAUACACCAAUCCAUGAACCAGUCAUCUUUAAUACACAGGUAACAACCAUACAUUAUUUAGUCUUCUGCCAAAAAUAUACACAAAUAAAAUGCAAGUCCUGAGAUGGGUGCUAACCUUGAUUCACUCUAAAAGCUAAUCUUGUAGUAUUUUAGCUUUAUUUACCAUGUUGAAGAGCAGUACAGAACCUAUCACUAAGUCACAGCCAAGAGCUUUGUCAGAUAUAUUGUUUGGUGGGGUGCUUGUGCUUUCUGGAUGGAUGAAACAAUGCAAAAUAUGUCUGGGUGUAUCAUGAAUGAGCUAAGUGGAAAUGAUUUGUUUAAUGAGGUGUGUGGUGAGAUGAUUCAAUGAAAAAAGAUGAACACAUUGCUGCAGCACACAUGAGCACUCGUGUUAUGUCAUCACCACUCCCUACUAAACCAUAAUUCCUGUAGAAGCACCCUUUGGAGAACACUAAAGCUCACAGGAGGAGGAAAUAACCAUCAAUGUGUAACAUAAAUUCCCAUUAAAUUCAAUUAUCUGCAUAUCCUGCUUCUCUCUAAUAGUUGUUUUCAUUAAAUAUGAUUCACAUAAUCAAAAACAGGACCAAGAACAAAAUUCCACCUAAUUCCCUUUCUGAGUGAAAUACCAUUACACAAGACACUUAAAACAGUCAAGAAAGGAUGUUAUGACAGCUGUAUCAAAUUAUUUAUGUGAGCAAUACUAUCCUUAGGUGAGAGCCACUUAGCAGAAGCCACUAAAUUUAACAUCUGAAAUUUUCUCAUGCUUAUUGAUGCCAUACUACUGAAUUGAAUAUAGAUGUUUGAAGGUUUGUGAAGCAGAAUGGUAUUGGCAUUGGGUUAAAAUGUUGACAUGUAAGUCUGUCCUUAUUUCACCAGAUAAUUGAUUACUGCAAGUUUAGUGUGGCACAAGGCAAGACUUUCCUUGGGUUUCUACAUUAGUCUGGUGCCAGUACAGCAAAUGGUGUUGAGUUCAGUGCAGGCCUAGACCAAGUGUGAGACAAACACACAUGUACAGCACUAUUAAGGCGAAGAAGU